UUCUCAUUCCCUCUAUAAAAAUCACCAAUCUCCAUAAAUUCAUCACCACCUCAAAAAACACACAAACACAACACAACAACACUCUUUUUCUCCGAAACCUCAAAACUCUCACACAUUUUGUAACAACCUCUUCCAUUUCCAAUGAGUAUGUUAGGCCUAAGAGACCUAGUUCUCAUAGCUCCAUCACCUUCAUCUCUUCACCAUCAUCAACAACAGCAACAACAUCAACAACACAAUCAUCAAAACCAACCCAUUUCAUCAGAUCACAAUUCAUCAGCUUCCUUAAGUGUCGGUUUUGGAAUUUUCCCACUUCUUACCGCCACACCAUGCAUGCCACAACCACAACAACAACCAAACCAGUCUCAAAACAAUGAAGCUCAAGAAAAUAACAAUUUUUGGAACCUUAGGAUGUGUCCAGAACCAAAAAAAGUGAUAACUGAUGAUAAUGAUGAUGAGAAUCAUAAUAAUCAUAAUGAUAGUAAUAACAAGAUGGUGAUGAUGGAGAGUGAAGAGAAUGGUGUGUAUGGUUCUGAGUAUAGAGUGUGUCAUGAUUGUGGCAAUAGAGCGAAGAAAGAUUGUGUUUUUAGGAGAUGUAGGACUUGUUGUAAGGGACGUGGUUAUGAUUGUAGUACUCAUUUGAAGAGUACUUGGAUUCCUUCGACUCGUCGGAGGGAGCGAGAAGGAGAGAUUGUUGUUGGUGGCGGCGGUGGUGGUGGUUAUGGUAGUGGUGGUGAGGGUUGUUCUGGUGUUAAGAGACCAAAGAUUUUGUUAGGGUCUUCACAAAAUGGUGCUGCUACUUCUCAUAGUUCGAAUUCUAAUGGUGCUACUCCAAAGAGUUUUGCUAAUAGCUCUCGUCAUCAAGAUGCUAGUUUCAAAGAGGCAUUACCAGGUCAAGUUCAUGCACCUGCUGUAUUCAAAUGCCAUAGAGUAACUGCCAUUGGAAAUGGAGAAGAUGAGUUUGCUUAUUUGGCAACGGUUCAUAUUAGUGGCCAUGUGUUUAAAGGGUUUCUCUAUGAUCAUGGAGUUGAUGGGAAAAAUCCAAUGCCUUGUGUUUCUGAACUUCAAUUGGGGAACAAUUGUAGUGGAAAAAAUGGUGAAUGUUCUUCUGGAAUUGGUGUUCAAAGUAAUAAUGCUUACCCUGCUUCUGCUAGCUAGAUGGAGAUUUAUUAUAAGGUGAUGGAUGAGUUUGGUAAAGCAGCAAAGAAUGGAAGUUUUUAUUAUGCCCUUUUGUUGAGAAAACUAACCAACCUAUAUGCUAAGUGGUCUUUGAUUGUGUAAAUUUAUUCUCUUAAAAUGUUAAAAUGCAUAAUGGACCCUUUGUUAAAUUUCUUGCACUAGGUUAGAAACAUUGAUGUAGCAAAUACUUUAUAUUUAAUGCUUAACUGAAGUUCUUAAUUACUUUA